UAGACAACUAAGCACCACACGAGAUCCUUGUUGGGGUCUUUUUAUUUUAGCUAAUGCCCACUUUUUUCUCAGAAAAAUUCUGAGUCCAAUGGCAGAAGUGGAGCUAGUCUCUGAUUCACGUUUGGAACAGGAUGUGAAGUUGAAAAUGGAGCAACUGGGUAAGCCAACCAAAACGGAGAGUGUUUCGUUUUUGGGCUUGUUUUCUGCGGCUGAUGCUACUGAUUUAGUGUUAAUGUUCCUCGGAAGCGUUGGUGCGUGUGUCCAUGGUGCGGCUCUUCCUGUUUUCUUUGUUUUGUUUGGUCGUAUGAUUGAUUCUUUGGGACAUCUUUCUAAGCACCCUCACAAGUUGUCCUCACGAAUUUCUGAGCAUGCUUUGUACUUGGUAUAUCUUGGAGCCGUUGUUCUUGUAGCAGCUUGGAUGGGUGUUGCAUUCUGGAUGCAAACGGGGGAGAGGCAAACAGCCCGUUUGCGCUUAAAAUAUUUGCAGUCAGUGCUAAAGAAGGAUAUUAAUUUCUUUGACAAUGAAGCCAGGGAUGCCAAUAUCCUUUUCCACAUCUCCAGUGAUGCAAUAUUGGUACAAGAUGCAAUUGGUGACAAGACAGGCCAUGCCAUGCGAUACCUUUCUCAAUUCAUUGUUGGAUUUGCCGUUGGAUUUAUGUCAGUAUGGCAGCUUACACUACUCACCUUAGCUGUUGUUCCAUUGAUAGCCAUAGCAGGAGGAACUUAUACAAUAAUCAUGUCUACAUUAUCAGAAAAGGGUGAGGCAGCUUAUGCUGAAGCUGGGAAGGUUGCAGAAGAGGUAAUUUCUCAAGUGCGUACUGUUUACUCAUUUGUAGGAGAAGAGAAAGCAGUUAGUUCCUACUCCAAGUCUCUUGAUAAAGCUCUGAAGCUUGGUAAGAAGAGUGGUUUUGCAAAAGGAGUUGGAGUAGGCUUUACAUAUGGGCUGUUAUUUUGUGCUUGGGCAUUGCUUCUGUGGUAUGCAAGCAUACUUGUGAUGCAUCAUAGGACAAAUGGAGGGAAAGCAUUCACAACAAUUAUCAAUGUCAUCUUUAGUGGAUUUGCCCUUGGUCAAGCUGCUCCAAACCUUGCUGCCAUUGCUAAAGGGCGUGCAGCUGCGGCCAACAUCAUGAACAUGAUUGCAUCCGUUUCAGACACUUCUAAAAGCUUGGAUGAUGGCACUAUUUUGCAACAAGUAGCAGGGAAAAUUGAAUUUUGUGGGGUCAGCUUUGCUUACCCCUCAAGAUCCAACAUGAUCUUUGAAAAUUUGAGCUUCUCAGUGAGUGCUGGGAAGACUGUAGCAGUUGUUGGUCCUAGUGGUUCUGGAAAAAGCACCAUCAUUUGCCUUAUUCAAAGGUUCUAUGACCCCACUUCAGGUAAGAUCAUGUUGGAUGGAAAUGACUUGCAGAAUCUUCAAUUGAAAUGGUUGAGAGAACAACUAGGCUUGGUUAGUCAAGAACCAGCACUAUUUGCCACAACAAUAGCUGAAAACAUUUUAUUCGGAAAAGAAGAUGCCAGCAUGGAUCAGAUCAUACAAGCUGCCAAGGCUGCAAAUGCACAUUCUUUCAUAAUAGGAUUACCUGAAGGUUAUCAUACACAGGUUGGAGAGGGUGGAACCCAACUUUCAGGGGGACAAAAACAAAGAAUUGCUAUUGCAAGAGCUGUGCUUAGGAACCCAAAAAUAUUGCUUUUAGAUGAAGCGACCAGUGCUCUUGAUUCUGAAUCAGAACUAAUUGUCCAGCAGGCAUUGGAUAAAAUAAUGUCAAACCGGACGACAAUAGUUGUUGCACAUCGACUAUCCACCAUACGCGAUGUAGAUACAAUAGUUGUGUUGAAGAGCGGUCAAGUUGUUGAAAGUGGAACACAUUUGGAAUUGAUGUCCAAAAAUGGGGAUUAUAUGGGCCUGGUGAGUUUGCAGGCAUCACAAAACCUCACAAGCUCUAGCUCAAUAUCUCGCUCCGGAAGCUCAAAAAAUUCUAGUUUUCGAGAACCUUCAGACAACCAGAACCAUGAGGAGGAUCUGCAGAUGGUUACAGCAAAAGAACUGAAAUCAAGUGUUCAAGGAUUGUCAUCCAACACUGCUUCCAUUCCAUCAAUUUUGGAUUUGCUAAAACUGAAUGCUCCAGAGUGGCCCUGUACAAUACUUGGGUCAGUAGGUGCAGUGAUGGCUGGCAUGGAAGCUCCUCUCUUUGCCCUUGGAAUCACCCACAUUUUGACUGCAUUUUACUCUCCUCAUGCCUCUAAAAUGAAGCAAGAAGUUGACCGGGUAGCUCUUAUAUUUGUUGGAGUAGCUGUUGUCACUAUACCUAUUUAUCUGUUGCAGCACUACUUUUACACAUUAAUGGGAGAGCGUCUCACUGCCCGUGUGCGUCUAUUAAUGUUCUCAGCUAUUCUUACCAAUGAGGUUGCUUGGUUUGAUUUGGAUGAGAACAACACUGGAUCACUAACAGCCAUGCUAGCUGCGGAUGCAACAUUAGUAAGAAGUGCUCUAGCUGACAGACUCUCAACAAUUGUGCAAAAUGUAGCUCUCACUGUAACCGCGUUUGUUAUUGCCUUCACAUUGAGUUGGAAACUAACAGCAGUGGUUGCGGCCUGUCUUCCUCUUCUCAUAGGAGCUUCUAUCACAGAGCAACUAUUUCUCAAGGGAUUUGGAGGAGAUUACAGCCGGGCUUACACCAGAGCAACUUCUUUGGCACGUGAAGCUAUUGCAAACAUACGUACCGUUGCUGCUUUUGGCGCAGAAGAUCGAAUCUCAAUCCAAUUUGCUUCUGAAUUGAACAAGCCUAACAAGCAAGCACUUCUAAGAGGCCACAUAUCAGGUUCUGGGUAUGGCGUAACCCAGCUGUUUGCCUUCUGCUCCUAUGCACUUGGCCUUUGGUAUGCCUCCAUUUUAAUCAAGAAGAAAGAGUCAAAUUUUGGAGACAUCAUGAAGUCCUUCAUGGUCUUGAUCAUCACUGCACUGUCAAUAGCAGAAACACUAGCUCUCACCCCAGACAUUGUGAAGGGGACACAAGCACUGGGAUCAGUUUUCAGCAUUCUGCGAAGGAGAACCGCCAUCAACCCCAACGACCCGGACGCGGAGAUGAUAACUGAAGUCAAAGGAGAAAUAAAUUUUAAAAAUGUGUGCUUCAAGUAUCCGAUGAGACCUGAUAUCACCAUAUUUCAGAACUUAAACCUAAGAGUCCCAGCAGGGAAGAGUCUAGCAGUAGUAGGCCCAAGUGGUUCAGGGAAGAGCACUGUGAUUUCUCUUGUGAUGAGAUUCUAUGACCCCACUUCUGGCUCAGUUCUGAUAGAUGAAUGCGACAUCAAAAGCCUAAACUUGAGAUCCUUAAGGCUGAGAAUAGGAUUGGUUCAGCAAGAACCUGCUUUGUUCUCUACCACAGUCUAUGAAAACAUCAAGUAUGGAAAAGAGGAGGCAUCAGAAAUCGAAGUGAUGAAGGCUGCCAGAGCAGCAAAUGCUCAUGAAUUCAUCAGUAGAAUGCCAGAAGGGUACAGAACUGAGGUUGGUGAGAGAGGAGUGCAGUUAUCAGGAGGACAGAAACAAAGGGUGGCAAUUGCUAGAGCAAUUCUGAAAGAUCCAUCCAUUCUUCUGUUGGAUGAAGCAACUAGUGCACUGGACACGGUGUCGGAGAGGCUGGUCCAAGAGGCUCUUGAUAAGCUCAUGGAUGGAAGAACAACAAUUUUGGUAGCUCACAGGCUUUCAACUGUUCGUGAUGCCGACAGCAUUGCAGUGCUGCAACAGGGGAGGGUUGCUGAAAUGGGAAGCCAUGAGAAGCUGAUGGCCAAACCCGGAAGCAUAUAUAAGCAGUUGGUAAGUCUACAACAAGAAAAGCGGGAAGUUUCUUAAGUAAAUAUAUAUAUUGAAACUUCGAAGAGUACUUGCAGUUUGUUUGCAAAUUGAACUGUGGUAAUGGCCUAGCAUAUAUUUGAAAGCAAGCCUGAGGACCAAUCCAACCAUGAAUUCUUUUUUUCUUCAUAUGAUAGUUGUUUUAUACACGAGUCCUACUAUAAAAUUUAAAGCCUAUAAUUGGAUGUAUGCUGCAGAAUGUUACAGUUUCUGUAGAUUCUUUCUGAAAUUUACACAGCCUAUGAUCGGCUCCUUGUUGCGGAUAAAUUCAAAUCUAAUGACAAUGUUCAA